AAUUAGAAUAAACUGAUAUAAUCGUCAAAUUAGGUUCCUCUGGAUCGAAUUGAGGGUCUUUGAGUAAGCGCACCUUUUUAUUACGUUGAUUUCUGAUGGAUAAAGAUAAAGGUGUCAAAGCAUUGGCGAGUUCUUUGACAAACCUCGAUUUGAAUCCCCGAUCCAACACCAAGUCCAAGUCCUCCAUUACAAUCGUUCACCCUCAAUUUUCCGGAUUACUACCUAAAAAGACAAAGCCUCCACGUUUAGUUAGCCUCUGCAUUGGAGUUAUUGGAAAACAUUUGGAAGAUAUUAUUACAGAUUUGAGUGAGAUUGCUAUCAACUUGCCAGCUGAUAUAAAGAUAGCAGUGGUAGCUAUUGCUAGAAGAAGAAAGUUGCUGAAUGAUGAUGUCCUCAUCGCAUUAGCUGAUGCUUCCUGGGAAAUCCUUGACGUCUCUGGCUCAGAUGUCUCUGAUUUGGGCUUGAUAAAAGCAGCUGAAGUAUGUAGAUUAAUCAAAGCUCUGGAUAUAAGCCGGUGCACCAAAAUUACUGCUGACGGUAUAUCAGAGCUUGUAAAGCACUGCCAUUUAUUGGAGACAUUGAGAUGCGGAGGGUGUCCAAGGAGUGACAGCACUGCCCGCAGAUGCCUGAGUAUAUUUAAACCGAGGUUAGAUUAUGUGGAGGAGGAUUCUUGGGAGGAACUUGAUACGAAAGAAAUUGCUAGUGGUGCACAAUUACUCAGGUGGCUAGUAUGGCCAAACAUUGACAAUAACACUUUAGAGGAGUUUUCCACUGAGUGCCCACGUAUUGUAGUAAAUCCUAAGUCAUCACCCUUUGGGUUUAUAGGAACUCAGGUUCCUUGGGAAGCAUCACAAAAUAUCACGUUGGAUGAUGAAGUUGUCAAGGAUAUUGAUCCCAGAACAUGGACACUGCAUGGUUUUGUUAUGAAGACGACCCUCUCUCAAUCUCCAAGUUCCACUGAAUUGUCCGUUGCUGAAAAAUUCAGACUUGCAUUUGCAGAAAGGGACAACCGAUUAGCUCCAAAGCGAGCUAAGAAUGCUCGGCAACAUCAGCGUCGUGCAGUGCGGGAAUUGAUGUUGAUGAGCACAAGAGCCAAGGCAAUGGUCUUAGCCUCCCAAGUAAGCAAGUCUCUUCAUAGCCGAAGCUCAUAGAAGAAUUCUGAAAUCACAUGUAUUUUUUC